AUGGCAGCGCUCUGCGGGAUGCACAUUUCACGGUCUCGUGCCUCCGAUGACACUGAUUGUGCGGCCAGAACAAAGGCGAGCUAUAUUACAAAAUAUCUUUAUAUCGCUCUGCAACGAGAACUGGAAUCAAAUUCCACCGCCAAGCGCCCUGAUAACACCCCUCAUCAAUUGUUACGGCGUGGCUGCAUCUUGCUAGCCACCAGCCUUGUGCAGUGCAAUGACAGAUUCCUAUUGGAUAAUAACCAUCAUGUGAUGGCGUCAACAGCCAGUGUUGAUGAAUGCGCAGAGAUUAUAGCAUCUCAUUCAGACAUGGUUAGAGAGUUAGCAUUGUUUGUGCAUCAAGCGUUUCGCUGCCUCAGAAAAAGUUCAGAAGAUGAAAGUGAACAUACUAGCAGCGAAAUACGUGACAUGAUUUCGCAACUUGCCCAUUUAGCCGAUACACCAGCUUUGUCGGUUUUGCUUGGGCGAGUGGCAGCAGAAACUGCCAUGGAGUUCGCAGAAACUACAGGAGAUCCCGAUGACCACAUGUGGGCCGUCGACGUCCAGGAGGUGGCGGUCGCAAGACAGCGUCAGGAGGAGACUGCCCAAAGGUCAUCAGAAGGACCCGAAGGAUCUAGUCAAAGCACGGGCCUGUUUCGCUGGGAAGAUAGCAUAGGUGAAUGGGUGGCAUCUACACCCGUGACCAAGGGAAAGCCCAUCGUAGUGCAGAAAGCCCAAAGACCCAUGCGCAUGCUAUCAAGCCCAGUACCCUGCAGCGCUUCCUCUACAGAUACAGAUACAGAUACAGACAGCAGCUCACCUGGGUCUGAUCGCUUCCAAGACUCUGUUUCAAGUCUGACCUCAUCUCCCCAGCCGAUGGGGACCAAACGUACUUUCGAGGACGCCGAGACCUUAUCCAUACGGCCUAGAAAACGACAGCGACCCACACCUGUGGUUGUAGUUGACAGGGGUGGAAACAGACGUCAGACACGCUCUCCUACCCCGACUAGAUACAGUUCUACUGUGGAACCAGUCACUCGCCGAGACAUUUUGCGAGAGCGCAGCACCAAUCUGACCAGACGGACGACUCCCGCAACACAACAGGCACGGAAGGUUGAAGUCGUGAUCGUCAAUCACAGAGAAAGCAGUCCAUGUCAGCCUGCCGUCCGGCCCACUUUGGAGCGUGCUGCAAAGCAGGUCCAUCGUACGGUAGAGAGGCGAAGGUCUACGCGCCCUCCAGUCUCAACCAUGCGUCGUAUUGUUGAGCCGACCCCUCGACAAAGAGUCAUCCCUUGUCACCAGGAUGACGACAGUGACGAUGAACUCAGCUUUUUCUGA